AAACCCGCCCUCUCACCCACCCGCACAAUGCUGCUGUUCGAGGCCGUCCAAGGAGGCGACCACGACCGUGUCCGCCACCUGUUGGACGGUGGGGCGGACGUGAACGCGCGCGACGACAAGUUCUUCAACACCGCCCUUCACCGGGCGGUGUUCGCCCGCCGGAAUCGCCCGGAAAUGGUCGCCCUCCUCGUGGCACGUGGUGCCGACUGUAACGCACUCAACAAGCGGCGCCUAACCGCGUCCGAGCUCGCACUCGCCAACGGUCUAGAAGAAGUCGCCCGCCAGCUUGUACGAGCCGAGGCGCAACACCUGGACGAUCAUCUCGCGUACUACCUGCUGAUACGGCGCGGGAACUUGCAGCUGUUCGAGUACCUGAUCGCGAUCAAGCGGCUCCGGUACGAGGACGAGAUACGCAUCAUCGCCCGGGCGUACGGUGAGCUGCGGCUGAAGAACGUACCACUGCGCGAACCGAUGGAGGCGUACCUUAACGAGAUCCUGAUCAACCACGAUUACUGGCUGCGGAAUGGGGUGUCGGUGACGGGUGUGAAAGGACGACCGGGCGGGGAUUGGCUGCGGGGCCGCGUGGUGGCCAUUGUUGAGGGUGUUCAGGCGCUGGUCGGUGGGUAUGAUCCGCACGAUUUAACCGCCGUCGAUGGAGCGUUCCUGCUGCGGUUAGCCGGUAUCCUUGAGAGCGUGUUCUUCGUGCGCAACCAGUACAAGGCGUUGCCGCUGCAUCACCUGGAGUUUUGCAUCGGCAUUUUUCUGCACAUCUGGAAGAAUCCUCCUCGGUACGACAUCUACAAAAUGCUGGUGGACAAACGACGGCUUCUGCUCUACCUUGGAGCCGUUGCGAACGAGCUGAAGAAGAUCCUCGUCCUGCCGGUCUGUGGAGCACCCGUUCACCCACCAGUGAGCAUCCACUCCGAUGAUGACGUGACACUUCCGGUUAACGCAUCUAAAACCCGCCCAAAGUUUCGCUGGACGAGCGAACGCAAUCGGGAACUGAUGUUCUGCCACUACGUCGUAGCCGGUGACUCCGAGCACGCCAACUAUCGCGCCCGAUUACACGAGCUGUGGACGGAAAGGCAACGGACAGCCACGUCCGUUGAGGAGAAGAAUCCCAGCGACAUCAGCGAACAACAACCGUGGGACCUUAGCGAACAAAACCUGCUGACACAGCAGCGCAGGAUCACACGGGACGCGCUACUUCCCGAGGACAUCCGCCGGCGGACAGAGCGGGAAGCGCACGAAUACCGGCGAUACAACCGACCCGGUCCACCAAAGCUCUCCGAUCGAAAUCGCAAGGUGUUCCGCAAGAUGGCAACGAGCUACCGGCGCAUGCGAGAACUUCACGCACUUAACCGCGUGCUCGCUUACAUCGACGCCGUUUCCGAGCUGGAUUGGGCGCAGGAACGUGACAUCAAAACGCUCGCCAUGAGACGCGUGGUGCAGGUGAUCUGCGAAACCCUACGACACGGCCGUGACACACCCGCCAUCGGGCGGCAUCUUGAGAGUUUCGUGAAUGUCCUCGCACCCAGGCGUAUCCUGCGGGAUGCUCGCAUUCGGGAUUAUCUAGCACAUUACCGGCACGGUGGUGGUGAUUUGUUGGCUCAAUUGACUCAAGCUCACUCGACGGGUGGUGAUGAGGAGCAGCAGCAGCGUGAGGAUGCUUCCGAAAGUCAGGAAGGACACCAUCUAGCUCUGGACGCCGGGUCAGUGGACUGUGAGGAGCUGUACCAACGGCUCGGACUCGUCCGGAACCUGUUCGUAAGCGUGCGGAAUCGGCAACACCUGGUCGCUGUUAAGACACUCAUCAAUCGGUUGUACGACAGUCGGUGUCUGGAAGAGAUCAAGUCGUACUAUGCGUACCUGUUCCGCCAUAAUGCCGGUGAGCUGGAUCUACCGGAGUUGGAGUUUGCUCCGUUCGCGUUACUUGAGAUCGGUGCCCUUCUGGAGGCGAUCAGUGAACUGCUGCGUAAUGAAUCAUGUGGAGUGAACGAACGGAUCGAACGGAUGCGGGAACGCGUGUCGCUGGAACUUGAUGGGUAUCGGGUGUUACAUCGGCAGUUCGGGGAUACUAUCCUCAUGGUCGACAGCUUGAUGUCGAAGAUCAAAUCGAACCAUAGCUAUGAGAAACUGCGACACACCUUCCGAUCGCAUCUGAAGGUGUUUCAACGGGCGCGUCCUGUUGAUGUGCGGUUACUGGAACAUCUACGCACUGGUUUGUUGGGGUACCUUUACGAGGAUCUACCGGAACUUCGACAUGGUGGCAGUGAGCUAGAACGACGACUCGCGAUGCUCGUGUGCCACGCAUUGUACGCCCUCAACCGGAAGCUGUACGAUCACCAAACAACCUGUGGCAGGCUCACAACUCUUCACCUCACAGACAGUGGAGAUGGACUGUUGAGACGCCUCGAAGAAGCCACUGGCAAGCGGCUCACAUUUCUCGUGCACGAUCCCGCCUUCACACGGCUCCGAGACAACCCCACCAAACGGUAUGAUCAACUUCGCCAGCUGUUGCGCCGACAUCGCGUCCUGUACAGUGAGAGCCUGCUCGCGGACCUGCGCCGUGAGGAGGAACGCGAAACGGAGCAGAAGGUGGCCCAACUGCAGCAGCUGUUUCUGGAUCAGAACAUGAACGCGCGUGCGUUUGAUCGUGUUGAUGAGCUCGCGUUUGAGAUGUUGAUGCUUGAGGCGACGAGCGCUCUGUCUGGGAAGCUUUCUGAUAACCGGGCGAGUCUGUGCAACUACGUGCCGGUACUGACUGGGCGGAAUUUGCGGAACUACCUCGCGCACGGGCAUAUCACGUACGAGCUGCUGAUACCGAAUACGGGCCCCAAAACGAUCCGGCUUAAUGCGCUCAGCAUCAUCAAGCUGUCGAAGAACAUUAUCUCGGAGAUCUACGAUCGGCAUGGUUGGGAGCAUGCGGAGAAGCUAGCGGUACUGCAACGUCAGGAGGCCAUCUUGGAUGGGUUCCGGUUUCAGAGUUGUGGCGAGAUCCGUGAAACGAUUCGUGCGGAGGCGUACCUUCUCGGGCGGAAUCACCUCAAUCAGGGUAUCGUGGAUCAUCUCAUACAGCACCAGAGUUGCAUGUUGUUGGGUCACUUGCUCGAUUUCGACAGGGUGGAUGAGUUUCUUAAACCGCUGGCCUACCUGAUGGAGAGCGUUAGUGCGAUACCUUGUGCGAAGCCUCUUCACGACAUCCUAGCUGACGUGCGGGCUCGAAAGGAAUUCUGCUACGAGCUGGCCGUGCUCAGCAACGACGAAGACAUCCUCUCGAAGAUCGUGACGGAUUUUGGGUACGGACAGAUCGACGCCAUCCCGAUGGUGUUCAAUUUCGAUCGGUUGUUCGCGAGCUUCCUCGAAACCCACCCGGACUACGACGUGAACGCGGAGAGUAACGCGGAAAUUCUACACUACGCCGUGUUGUCAGGAAACGUGGAGUUGCUCAACCUUCUGCUCGAUCAGUGUCACGAUCUCAAUCAGCGGGAUGUGUGCAACCAAACGCCACUAGAUGUCGCGUGCAAGCUGAGCAACGUCGAGAUGGUGAAAGCACUCACGAACGCGGGAGCUAAGUGGUACACGAACGGUGAGCAUGGUCACAGUCAGUACGCGUGGAUCUUCCUCAACAACGACCAGGACGCGAUCGUGUUCCUGAAGAACAACGAGCUGCUUAGCGGGAAGGUGGCUGGUGCGUGCGUUGAUCUGUUCCUGCAGUACUGCGAUGACACGAAUGAGGAGAUCGUCGAGUUCAUGCUAGCACAUAGUGCGUUAGAGUACGCCGGACUUUACCCGAAAGCGGUCGCGUACCGACGGUUGAAUGUGCUGAGGUUCCUUUUCGAGAAUGACCGCAAAGUGGAAGCGCACGUCAACCGGAAGGACCCAACUGGACAGGGUUUAACGCCACUGCAGUUAGCCGCUCGGGCAGGAUACACUGACGUGGUGGAGUUGUUGCUCCGACAGGGUGCUAGUGUGCUGGUGCGAGACGCCACCGGAAACACCCCGUUACAUUGGGCUGUAGAGUGUGGAAGUGUCCGAACUGUGAGGGUGUUGUUACGUCAUGGUGCUAAUGUGGCGGCAAGAAACACACUUGGGAAAAGUCCACUGGAGUUGGCGAUCGCUAGGGAACACCGAAAGCUCACUCGAGUGUUGCUACACAGCGGCCACGGUGGGUUGGAAAGGGAUAUCACGCUGUCGGAGAGUUUGCGAAGUCGAGCCAUCCUGGAGGAUCUACUGCGGGUUGGACCGAGCCUCAAAUGUAGCUUCACGUUGGCUCGCUCUGAUGACAGCCUCAGUGAUACUUUUACGCCAUUACAUCACGCAUUAGACGAGCGCACAGCCGAACGACUCCUGCAGGUGUACGACGUUGAUGUGGCGAGUCCUCGCUUUCGUACGACACCACUCCACCUCGCGUGUUUGUGCAAUCAAUCACGCCGAGUGCGGUUUCUCCUACGACACGGUGCCGAUCCUUCUCUCGCAAACAGCGACGGUAUGACGCCUCUUAUGUUAGCCGUCACCAACCGCAACACAACGAUCGUACGCACGCUACUAAGCCAUCAACUGCACCCACGCGGACAGGACGAAAGGCUAAACACCGUGCUGGCGAUCGCGAUCCGCAAACAAUCGAUCGACAUCGCUAACCUGCUGCUACAGCACGGUGCCUCGAUCGACACGAUCGGGCAAACACUGGCCAGUCUCUCACCACAACACCGGGGUGUGAACAAAUCGACAUACCAACAACCCCACCAGUUGUUCUUCAGUGCCGCCCGGGAAGGAUAUAACCGCAUCCUGGAGUACCUUCUCGCGAGUGGGCUGUUCGCUGUGGACACAAAGGAUGCGAUCGGUUCGACGGCGCUGUUUCACGCACUUUCACGCGCUCCACUCGAAACGUUCGACAUUCUCGUGAGGCAUGGAGCGGACGUUGAACACUGCAACCGGUUCGGGCAUAAUGUCCUGUCGAUCGCGGCCAUGCACAACCGACUCGAUGCGCUGCAGUACUUCGUGAACAAUCAUCCCGCGUUGGUGCGGUUCCUUGGUGAGAUUGAAACAGGCACCAGCAACACCGUGCUGCAUCUGGCCGUGUUGCGAGGUGCUCUCGAAAUCGUACAGUACUGCGUACAGCUGCACCAGGACAUAGGGCUCGUCCUAGACGCGCAAAACCAUGAAGGAUUCACUGCGCUUCACAUCAGCGCCCAAACGGGUCAUGAGGCCAUCUUUGGGUACCUGCUCGGACAUGGAGCUGAUCCAACGAUACCGUCGGCGAAUGGUCAGUCCAUCCUGCACACGGCCAUUUGCAAUCGGAACCUCGCGAUCGUGCGAGCGAUCGUACAAGCAGGUGCGCUACCAACCGAACAGGACCUCUUUGACGACGAACACCGAUCGCCCCUGCAUUAUGCCGUUUUCUCACGGCACGUUGGCGUCGUUCAGGAGGUGUUAAAGCUGCCAGGGUUACCUCUGAACCAUGGAGACGUACGUGGCAACACGGCACUUCACCUGGCGGCUGAAUUCCAGUACAUCGAUCUGUACAACCUGCUCCGGAAACGGAUCGACAACGAGCUGCGGAAUGGGCACGGGAAGCGUGCGAUCGACGUGCUGUUGCGGAAGUGA